AUGCCCUCUUCCGGAUAUCUCACCGUGAGAUUCGUGCCACAGCUUGAUUCCGAGGCUACGCAAGUUGAGAAGGAACUUGAGACCGCAAACCAGAAAUCACAUGCUGCGAGAUGGUCCCAUGAUAAGCGCAAAAGGAGGAAACAGGAGCAAAAAGCACUUUUGCUCUCUGAAGGUCGAGGCAAGUGGAGGCAUCAUGACGCAAGCGCCAUCUAUGGACAUUCGGCGGGUCGACAAAAGGAGAUACGUGGGGACAGCGGCUUACUCCUCUAUGAAGGAGACCAUUCUUUACAACCUAGAAGGCCACACACUGCUAGAGACAGCAUCCCUAGUCUACUGGAAGUUCUGCCCGGUGGUAACUCGGAUCCGUUCAAUGCUUUGGCUCUACAGAUCACCCCCGAGAUCAACAAACUGAUCACGUUCAUAAGAGAUGGAUAUCUGCCUGGGGUCUAUAUCACUUCUUAUAUGAAGUUCAAAGAGGCACCGCGAGGGGCUCCGAUGCUCACCACGAUCGGAGAGGGGUUUCACGUCUUCGGUCAACGUACCGUAGCAAAAGUGUGGAACUCAAUGAAGGAAGAAUUCUCAGAUGAAGGACGAGCGCUUUCCUGGUGUUCCAGCUACAUUCCAGUUCUGGCAAAGUUCUCCUCACCAGAAACCGCGCGUGAUCUGCAAUUCCUUGCUAUCAAGAUGCGGACGAAGAGCAUGAUGAUGCUCAAAAAACGAAUCGAGAAUCUAUCGCUUGAUGUUCCGCCGGAGAUAUCGUUGGUAUCACAGAUUGUCUCCCUCUUUCGGGCAGCCUGCAAAGAGAACGAUAUCCCUGCGGCAAAGGUUCACGCGAAUAUCAUUCAACGUCUGGUUGAUAGGGUCGAGACUCCGGAUCUCCAUAUUCGGACAUUGUUCAUGACAUGCAUGAAUAAUGAUACGGAAUUGGCUAUAGCCCAGAUGCGAAACACAUUUUUCGACUUUGAGAACUGGGUUCAGAAGCAAAUUGCUCGAUUUUGGGUGGAAACACCUGAGAAGCACAUGCCGCAAUUGCCGGCUGACUACAAGGCUCUCCACGAAAGCAUCCAACUGGAUGCCACUCGUCAGGCUGCUAUCAGGCUCCGUCAGUACUUAUUCGUCCGAUCGACGACAGUCAAUCUGAAUGAUCCCGAUGACCUCGACCGGACCGAUGCGAUCUACACGAUCUUCACAACGUAUGCUCAAUACGAUUCUGGGGCCUUGAUCAAUGCUUACAUUAAUCUCAUCGCUGGCAAGGUCUACAAGAUGGAAGAAUCUCUCCGCUAUAUUGAAGCAUCAUUGGCACUUACGACAUUGCACAUACUACGACGAGGGAUUUUUGAGGCCACCAUCUACGGGUAUGACCACCGUACUAGCCAUCAUAUGAUCACUAUAAACCAUCUCGAAGGCACGAUGAGAACAGCUUUGACUUUCGCAACGGCACAUGAACUGACCCAGUAUCGCGAGGCCCUGUUGUGGAUAUUCUUCUAUGGCGCAAGGUUUGAGUGGCGUGUCAAUCAAACGAUUCAAGACAUCAUGGCCCCGAGGACCUGGUUUACUAAGAAGUUUGCUCGACAGGCAGAGAUCCUACAGCUGAUUGAGUGGCCUCAGGCUCGAGAUAUUCUCAACCAUUUCGUGUUCUACGAGUUCUUGGAGCCUUAUCUGGCCACAUGGUUCGCAGAGACGAUAGCCAGCAACGAGCCGUCUCAAUGA